AUUCUGCCACUUCUUUUGUUAAAUGGACGCUCCUAGUUUGACAAUAAGUAACCGUUGGUAUUCUUGUCUAGAAGAACUUCUACGUGCAUCCCUCCACACCCCCCAAUUAGGCCUAUUCUAACGAUACAGCACACACAAAAAGAGAGAAAAUUCUACCAAAUACAACUUUUCUCUGCUUUCAUUCCUCAGCAACUUCCACAACCAAAACAAGAAACAUGGGCGAGGCACCAUCAGUCGGCAGGCGCAGCCAGCUGAUGAGCUUCGCGGUACACGUAAUUCGCGGCCGAUGGUUCUCCCUCUUCGCCUCUUUCCUUAUCAUGGCUGGGGCUGGAGCAACUUACCUAUUCGGAGUCUACUCCAACGAGAUCAAGGCCACUCUCGGAUACGAUCAAACAACGCUAAAUCUCCUAGGCUCCUUCAAGGAUCUUGGCGCAAAUGUCGGUGUCCUGUCAGGCCUGAUCGCUGAGGUAACUCCAACUUGGUUCCUGCUGCUGAUUGGCGCAGCCAUGAACUUUGCAGGCUAUUUCAUGAUAUGGUUAGCUGUCACGGGCAAGAUUUCCAGGCCGGCAGUCUGGCAGAUGUGCAUCUACAUAUGCAUUGGUGCGAAUUCUCAGAACUUUGCGAACACUGGCGCUCUUGUUACUUCUGUCAAGAACUUCCCUGUAAGCCGAGGGAUCAUGUUAGGCCUGUUGAAAGGGUUCACGGGGCUGAGUGGUGCAAUCCUGACACAAAUCUACUUGGCUGUAUAUGGGAAUGAUUCCAAGGCUCUUAUUCUCCUGAUUGCCUGGCUCCCAGCUGCUUUGUCUGUGGUGUUUGUUUAUACAAUUCGUGAAAUGAAGGUCGUUCGGCAGACGAAUGAGCUCAAGAUAUUUUACCAGUUCCUCUACGUUUCAAUCGUGCUAGCGCUUUUUAUCAUGGUCAUGACUGUAGUUCAGAAACUGGUGGCUUUCUCACAGGCAGCUUAUGCAGGGAGUGCUACUGUAGUCUGUGCUUUGCUCUUCCUCCCUCUGUUUAUAGCCAUUAGAGAGGAGUUUACACUUUGGAGUCAAAACAAACAGCCCCUUUUAAAUCCAGCUCGAAUAACCAUUGAUAAACCGACAGGACUUUUGCCUGGGGACUCGAAACCUGAACGCGAAAAGCCGGUGGGGGGAUCGAAAAUGAAGUCAUGUUUCGCAAACAUUUUCAAGAAACCAGAAAGGGGAGAGGACUACACUAUUUUGCAAGCACUCUUGAGCACAGACAUGCUGAUUCUAUUUCUUGCUACGUUCUGCGGUCUGGGCUCAAGCUUAACCGCCGUGGACAACCUGGGACAGAUCGGAGAGUCACUAGGAUACCCCACAAAGACUAUAAAGUCAUUUGUUUCACUUCUCAGCAUAUGGAACUACUUUGGUAGGGUUUUCUCAGGAUUUGUGUCUGAAACUCUUCUGGCAAAGUACAAAUUCCCGAGGCCACUCAUGAUGACAAUAGUCCUCCUCCUCUCCUGCAUUGGUCUUAUCCUCAUUGCAUUCCCAUUUCAGGGCUCAGUCUAUGUUGCAUCAGUGAUCAUUGGGUUCUCAUUCGGAGCUCAGCUGCCUUUACUUUUCGCGAUCAUUUCUGAGCUUUUUGGGCUCAAAUACUACUCCACAUUGUUCAACUGUGGGCAGCUGGCUAGCCCACUUGGUUCUUACAUACUGAAUGUUAAGGUAACGGGACCGCUUUACGAUAGAGAGGCGUUGAGGGAACUAGCCAAGAAGGGAAUGACAAGGUCGUCGGUGAAGCAACUGACUUGCAUCGGUGCACGAUGUUAUCGACUGGCCUUUCUAAUUUUGGCUUCGAUAACAUUCUUUGGAGCAAUUAGUUCUCUGAUUUUAGUCGUGAGGACGCAAGAAUUCUAUAGAGGGGAUAUCUAUAAGAAGUUCGGGGAUGAAGCCGAGGAGAGUGAGACAAAGAACAGUUAGUUGUCUGAUUCUAGUGCCGAGGACGCGAGAAUUCUAUAAAGUGGAUAUCCACAAGUUCAGGGAUAAAGCUUAGGAGAGUUAGACAAAAAUGGCUUGCCAAUCGGUAAAGAAUAGUGCAUUCUCGAGAGGUGUUAGUUAAAAAUGUACAGAGUAGAGAAAUUCAAUGAUGAUUUAGUUACUUUUGCA